AUGACGGCACCGAACCACCUGGCUCCUCCCGUCAGAAUCAUCACCUCGCACAACAGCGAAGGCAACGCGAUCAUAUCAGAUGCAAUCCCAGAAACCCCAAAACCACAGCAAGUUGAAGAUGGCAAAGCUGCAUUCUACCUCCAGUACUGCACCGAAAAAUUCCCCGUCGAUAUGAAUGAAGACAAAGACCUCGCCGCGUAUCAAAAGUAUACAUCAUCAGCACCAGGUCUAGUCGUAAGCGGCGGCACCGUCCUUCGACACGUGGACAUGUCACCCGGAUUACUCUCGCCGAUGCAUCGCACUGUUUCACUGGACUAUGCUAUUGUGAUUGAGGGAGAGAUCGAGUUGAUCCUGGACAGUGGCGAAACACGGAUCAUGAAGCCGGGCGAUAUUGCGAUUCAGAGAGGCACGAUGCAUGCGUGGAGAAACACCAGCGAGACUCAAUGGGCGCGUAUGUUGUAUGUGUUGCAGCCAAGUACGCCCUUGACGGUUGGUGAGACGAAGUUGGGGGAGGAUUAUUCAGAUAUGAAGGGCGUGAGGGCGUCGACGUAG